AUGGCAACGAGCCCAAACAGCACCGGCGACGGCGAUGGCCCGCGGCUCCCACCAGAGCUGGUCAACGCCAUCCUCGCCCUCGCGAUCAACUCGGCGUCGUUUGACGAGCUCGUGUCCCUCCGCUGCACGAGUCGACGGGCGCACGCGCUUACCUCGGCCCGGCUGUACAGACACGUUGCGGUCGUCGCCACCGCGGCCGCAGUCCAAGGGCCCCAGCUGCCCGUGCCGCCGGCGAUCAUGAUCACCUGGCCACCGGGAAGCGACGGCAUCGCGACGCCGGGGUACUUCAACACGCCGCCCGCGGUGGGCCUGCGGCUCGAGAUACGCUCGCCGUCUGGCCGGCGGAUCCCGGGGCUCGACUGGGCCGGCGUCGCUGCUGACCGCGCUCUGUGCGCGCAGCGGCUGGCGGCCUGCGCCGUGCUGGACAUGGUGCAGCAUGCCGCCGCGACCGACGAGGCCGAGUUGGCCGAGUGCGCCGAGCUCGCUGCCGCCGUCGCCCACGCCACGACGUACCGCCGCAACGCGAUAGGCCACGACUUCAACUUCUCCCCGCCCGAGCGAGUCACGACCCUGCCGAACAACUGGUCGUGGCGAGAGGACGAGGCGGACGAGUAUAUCGUGACGACGCGCGCGUGCGACUACCUCCUCGACAUGCCCACCCUGUCUUACGACAUGCUGUGCUACGAGAAGCUGCCGCCGUCGGUCCGCACAGCGGUACUCAUCGUCAACAUGUGGGGGCACUGCUCGGUGCCCAUCGCUGCGCGGCUGGGCGAGUGUGCAGGCCUGCAGGAAGCCGUGUUCAUUCCGUACGCCGGCCUCGGGGUGCUCCACUACCUCGUGCUCGCCGUGGCCCGGGCACACCAGCUGCGCAGAGCGACCUUUGUCAGCGCCGAGCUGCUGGACGAUACGUGGUUCGGCGAGGAGCUGGGCAUGCCUGCACACGGCGCGGCACGCCGGCGAGCACUGCACGAGGUCAUCGUCGCCGAGGUGCUGCGCGACUAUGCGCGCCAGCGUGCCCCGCUGCCCAACGACGACCUGGACGACGACACCCCCCUCGACCCACAGCCUGACGCGCCGCCCGAGAUCGCCGUGCUCUCCCUGCAAGAGUUUGCGCGGGACACGCCGGCCGAGCUGUACGAGCUGUGCACUGCGCCGUGUGCAGUCUCCACGAAGCGCGUGAGUGGAUACCUGUACAAGGGGGGCUGGUAG